AUGGAAUUAUAAAUAAUAAAAAAAGAAAUGUUUUUUUUACUCUUAUAUGGUGUCAUGUAUCUAAAUAGAUUUAUUAAGAGCUUUUUAACCAUGAGCUUAUUAAUGAUAGGCUUAUAUGAAUACAAUGGAAUGUUUUAUCUUUUUGAGUGGAUUUGGUUGUGGUUUAUAGGAAAGAUUUUAUCAAUGGUAUUUUUAAUAAAAGAGGAAUCAAAUGAUGAGGAAGAGAGAGAAUAACUUCUAGAAGAAGAGAUUAGUGAACACAAAUAGACCUAUAUACCAUGGACACUGUAUGUAAUAAAUGCAUCAUUGGAAGCAGCUGACAUUUUUUUAAUAUGCAUUGAAUUAUUCUAUACAAACUUUGGAUUAUUUAUAAUAGUAAAUAUGAAAAUAAUAAAAAUAGUGUUAAGGGUUUGUAUUUGUAUUUUAUAUUCUAUACAAAAAUAAGCAAGAUUAAUUUAAGAUAAUAUAUGCUGGAGUUGUAAUAUUAACAGGCAUAUUUUCGAUUGCUAUAGAUACUUAGGGGAAUCAUGAAUGUUACAUAGGUUUGGCAGCAGCUUUGCUUUAGAUAGGGACAAAUAUUUAUGCAAUAAAAUUCAAAGAACAAUUUAUGUCAUAGUAAUAAGAAUUAACAAUAAUAAAAGAUAUAUAUUCCAGCAUUCAAAAUAUAUUUCCUAUACCGGUUUAAUUUAAUUUACUAUAUGGAUCAUAGUGAUGGUAAUAGUAAAUUUUAUACCAUGUCCUAAAGAGUCAAUAAAUUAUUAAAAAAAGUGCGAAAACAAUAAUAAUCAUUUAGGUGAUUUUAGUGGAUAUUUUUAGGAUACUUUUUCAGAGAAAUAAGAUGGUGGAUAGAGUAUAGUAAUAAUAUUUGUAUAUUGAAAAGGCAUAUCCAGUGAUAAUAUUUGUGAUAUUGAUAAUUGUUAGUUCAGCCAUAACAUAUAUGGAUAAUAAAAUAACAAUAAAGUUGUAAUCAGAUAGGAAACAAAUAAUUUAACAAUUUGUAUUUUUUCCAUUAUAGAUAUGGAUUUAUGUUGAUGCUUAGCUUGUUCAAAAACAUAUAGUUUUGUUAGUAUUUUGUAUACUGUUCUUUGUUUUAUAAUGGUUAUUAGGACUCUAUAUAGUAAAUGAUUGAUAAUAAAGUAGAUAUUUCAAGUCAAGUAGACAUAAAAAUAUGAAUAAUUGGAGGAAGAUUAAGAUUCAGAGUUUUCAUGAUGAAGAUUGUAAAUUUUUUGUAAUGAAUC